CAUCUGUCACACUAUGGCACUUAAACUUUACUUCGGACCAUACGAAGCCCACGGGGUCAUAAGACACAAAACCCAGAAACUAAUCGGAGUUGUAGAUGAAUUGGUCACUCGCGGCUACAACGUCCAGCUCAUCCCAACUAAGCGCCUCAACAGUCUCAUCAUCCACUACAAAGACAAAGAAAUCUACCGUUGCGAUAUUCGCUACCUCAUGUUCAACAUUCAGUACGAGGAAGAUCCGGUGGCCCAAAAUGUGGUGACAGCCGUAGAGGAGGCAAAAGCUUUGUUCGAUGCCGAGCACAAUCCUGCUUUUGAUAUCGACAAAAAUAUCAUAAUUACAUCAUGCACCCAAGAGCAUUUUUGUGAGAAAUCAAGCGAGCCCCAAACGGGCUAUGAACACUUGCUAAGACCUGAUCCGAAGACGCGAAAUGAGGAGCCUCAGCCGUCGGCUAAGCCGCCGCCGAAAAGACUCUCGUUCGGGACACUUGCAGAGGACGCAGAGUCGGCAAGUUUAUAUGAACAAACUACUAAACCAAUAAACGAUGAGGUAUAA